AGGUGGCGAUAUCAACGCAGGUAUACCAGCCAGAAGCCACAGCUAAUUUACACAGCUGAGCUAAAUCGCAACAAUGGAGCUGCUUAAAUUUUUUAGUUGAAGUAGCUGAGCUGAAGCAGGAAUGUGCUAUCCGGGGACUGGAUAUUAAGGGUAAGAGAGAUCUGAUUGCCCAGCUGCAGGUGUACAUCAAUGAUGGAGGCAGCAGCACCCGAGGCAGAAGCUCCAGGAGAGGCACCCGAGGCAGAAGCUCCAGGAGAGGCACCCGAGGCAGAAGCUCCAGGAGAGGCACCCGAGGCAGAAGCUCUAGGAGAAGUACCCGAGGCAGAAGCUCCAGGAGAGUAUGCAGAUGAUUUCCUGGUCUCUGAGGACCUCUGUGAACAAUCCUCCCUGUGCCUCCUGCAUCAUCUGGCAAGAAAAGGAUUCAAGAAGCAAAGCCUUAUGACAUCCCCAUGAGUUUUAUUGGAGACGUGUAUCGUUCCCUUCUGUCAUCAUUCUUCGUGGUCCAGUGACAGCUCCUCAGACCCUUCUGUGCUGACUCUUCGGGCAUCCUCACAACUGCAGGACGUGUCAAGGGAAGCUGCGAGGAACGGAACAACAACCUCUUAUUAAUAAAGAAAGUAACACAACCAGUGACCGAUAUGGUUGUCCUUCUUCUCCUAAUCACCUGGGAUACCUGCCCAUGCUCACCCACACGACAACACCUUCUGGCAAUACGCCAACUGGACGGCUCAUCAACACACAGCAGGUCCAUGCUAUGUCUGUCAGCGCCGUACAUUUCUAUGAUAAUUCCGACUGUCAUUGUUUUCCUGUUACUAUGGUAGGUAGGUACUAUGCCUAUUUGGACCAUGUAUUUUUCAGUGUAUCCAGCAAUACAGGUAGUCGUGGAUUUACGACCACAAUUGGGACCGACAGACCGGUCGUAACACGAUUUGGUUGUAAGUAGAGUAGGCUAUAUGUACAGUACUGUGAAAUUAUGCCGGAAGCUGGUACGCACUGUCGUAUGCUGCGGCUCGCGAUUGUGGUCAUAAUGUCGAGCGGUCGUUAUUUGCAUAGGUUGUGAGUCAACGACUACCUGUAAUUCACCAGUAUGCUUUCUGGUUAUCAAUCUGUCCCUCGUGUUUCUGAAUAUUAUCCUAUUCCUAUGUGUCAUGUCUGAUUGAUUGUUUAAGAUGUGAUUUAUUCAUUCUUAUUUAUCAUGGAUAAAAUGGGGGAAUUGUAAGAUAUCCUUGAUCACUAAUCCCAGAUUAGGUUGACCCAGAACACUCAGUUCUUGUCUUUAUCCUCUCUUCAUACGCUUACGCUGUGAGAAAACCCAAACUGUCAUUUUUUGGUAUGGCUAACCUGCGUUUUGUUGCGUCUGCUAAACGAAUAACAUGACCAGAUGUGAAGUUAUCAUCAUCAACCGUUUUUAUGUUCUCACAAUAUGUUAAUAUGUAUUUUGUCGCCAUUAGUAGUUAUAGUAAUUUUGUUGUGUGCUUUUAGAAUAACUUUUUUGUAAGCUUCUGUUCACCAUACCCUGAACUAUCUUUUGGUGGCACACACAGUGGUUCCUGUAUUUCUGUUUUAGGCUUAUCUUUUGCAGGCUCAGCAUAACCUUGUGGAGUUGUCUCUCCUAACUUUCUCUUCUGUUCACACACACACACACACACACACACACACACACACACACACACACAGCUGGCAGCCCACCCCCUUUCUCUCCUUCUCUUCAGAAGUAUAUCUUCAUGUGUGAGACAAUAAACUUUGGAACUUCUCUCUGAAA